AUGAACCUCAAACAUCUUCAACAUUUUGGAUAUAGAUUCAAAUCUCCAAUAUUUUACUUCAUUUGUAUAUUUACCAUCGUGAUCUGUUGGAUGUGGCAACGGGAUACGAUCAUGGACCAGCAACUAAACGGGCAUUCGUCCCCGCUGCACGAUGCGACAAUUGAACAGACGAAAAACAUGCUUGAAAAUAUCUCUUUAUUAUCGAAGACUCAAGACUAUACUGGCCAUGACGAUGAUGCUAAUAAGCCACUCCGAAUCGAAUCAUUGAAUCCCGCAUUGUUGCCCAGCAAUGACGCUGUAACAACGACUGCAACAUCCCAGAAGAGACUGAUCAUCAUCGGUGAUGUGCAUGGAUGCAAAGCUUCAUUGGAUGCGUUGUUGGAGAAAUUGUCCUUUGCACCUGAUCAUGACCAUCUUAUCUUCACGGGGGAUCUUAUCAAUAAAGGGCCCGAUAGCCUUGGGGUUGUCGAUCUGGCACGGAAAUACUCUGCUUCCUCUGUGCGUGGGAAUCAUGAGGAUCGGAUUCUGCGGUUACGGCAGGAGAUGAUGGCACAGAGCGAGGAGUCGUCAUCGAGUACUGAGGAUGAAAGUGAAUCGGAAGAAGAAGAGAAAGGAGAAAAGGAGAUAGGAAAGAAACCAGACAAGAAUGAUGAGAAGAAGAAAGAUAAAAAGGAGAAAAAGGAAAAGAAGAAAGAAAAGAAGAAGUUGAAAAAGAAGGAGAAGAAAGAGAAGAAAAAAGACAAGAAGGACAAGAAGGAUAAGAAAGAUAAGAAAGGAAAAGAUCAGAAAGGUGGCAAAGAAGCCCGCGAACGCCACCUAGCGCUUCAGCUGAGCGAUAAGCAAGCACAAUGGCUCGAGUCCUGUCCGAUGAUCCUCAAACUGGGAUGGAUUCGCGGCAUGGGCGAGGUGGUCGUGGUGCAUGCAGGCUUACUCCCGGACAUUGAGUUGGAGAAGCAAGAUCCGUGGAAUGUUAUGAAUAUGCGUUCGGUUGAUUUCGAUAAGAAAAAAGUGCUUGAUUCGCACCAGGGGACUAUGUGGGCCAGGUUAUUCAACAAACACUACUCAACUAUGGCGAGCAAGAAUGUUGACUCAGCAGCAUCCACGAUGACGGUCAUUUACGGCCACGAUUCAAAAACGGGCCUUGCCAUAAGCGAUUAUACCAAGGGCCUGGAUUCGGGUUGCGUCAAAGGGGAGAAGCUUACGGCUUUGGUGAUUGAAGUAGGUGGGAAACAGAGUCUUGUACAGCAGAAAUGCCGUGACGAUGUUAAGGAGUAG